AUGAAAGGUACCCUUGAGGGUUAUAAAGAGACAUUUGCAAAACAGCAACCCAAUAGAGCUGCUUUGGAACAGUAUAUUUCACAGGUGCAUGCACUGGAAAAGCACACCUCAGAGUUGCAUACCAAGAUAUCAAGCUUGGAAGCCCAACUUCAAUCCAGCAGAGAAGAGAACGUGAGGUGGAUGUCUUUGGCCAAUGACAGACUCAAAGCCAUGGAGGAACUGCGAAACAGGUGA